AUGCCGUUUGCAAGACACGAAGCAAGCAUCGCCGCCAUGGUUGAGGAAGGCUGCGACAUCGUUGCCGAGGCGGAUGGCCACUUCCAGCUGCGCAUUGCCUCUAUCUUCAUCAUCCUGGUGGCCUCAGCGAUUGGCGCCAUAAUCCCCAUUUUCCUCGCGCGGAAGAGCAAGUCCAACCGCAUCCAAGAACUCAUCUUUUCUAUCUGCAAAUACACCGGCACCGGCGUCAUCACCGCCACGGCCUGGCUGCAUCUUCUGGUCCCUGCUGCAGCCGAGCUGUCGGACCCUUGUCUCGGGCCACGACUGGGCACCUAUCCGUGGGCAUUUGCUAUCGCCCUGUGGACGGUAAUGGCGAUGUUUUCUGUCGAGAUUCUGGCAAAUAAAUUCACAAUGUCAGGCUCUGCGUCUUCUACAGAGCCCAGCCCAUUCCCUACAACAAAGGAAUCGGUCGAGGACGACUCGCGCACCACCAGCAGCGGCAAAACGCAAGAGCCACUGGUGACCGAAAUUGAUGUGGAGAGACUGGCUACAGCCUCCGAAAAAUCUACGAUCCGGGAGCCGGAUGAUACAGACGUGGCCCAUCGCUCCUGCGCGAGUCAGAUGUUGGCACUUCUCAUUCUCGAGUUCGGCGCCAUCUUCCACAGCUUCUUCGUUGGCCUCACACUCGGGACCACCAGGCAGCUCGUCCUGCUCCUCAUCGUUCUCGUCGUCCAUCAGCUGUUCGAAGGCCUCGCGCUCGGCGCUCGCCUGGCCGACGCCCCUUGGCCCGCCAACCGACGCUUCCUACGGUACGUCUUCGUCGCCCUGUUCGCCAUUGCGACGCCCAUUGGCACCGUUGUCGGCAUGACAGCCCAGCCUGGCAGCGCCGUCGCGCAGAAAUUGCUUGGUGGAGUCUUUAGUGCGGUCAGUGCCGGGAUUCUGUCCUACACUGGCAUGGUCGAGCUCCUUGCUGGCGAAUUUCUCUUCAGCCAGGAGAUGGCCGAGGCGUCUACGUCUAAAUUUGCUGUCGCGUUCAUCUCGGUCCUUGGUGGGAUGGUAGUCAUGUCUGUCCUGGCUGUCUGGGCAUGA